UUAUUUUAUUUAUGAAUGGAGGCAAUCUUCGGAGUGGUUCUUCUAAGUGGAAUGCUAUUACAGUUAUCAGAAGUUGUGAAUGCUGAAGGCUACAGUGAUUGGAUACGAUUAGUGGCAGAAUUCACAUUGAAAUCUUUACAUUCUUGGAAGUGGGCUGGCAGCAGUGUUUACUACCUUCUAGGUUUGUGGUCUAGGUCCGUAACAUCAGUGAAGUAUCUGAAGAGUGAUAAACCCAUCCUGCUGGAUGAAUAUGUGCCUAAAAUCAUAGAAGGUUUUGUUACUUCAAGAUUUGAUUCAUUGCAGUCUGAACAGUCGGAUGAGCUUGGUGAAAAUCCUCUGGACAAUGUGGAGGUGCUUCAGGAUCAGCUCGAGUUCUUUCCUUACCUCUGCAGAUAUCAGUAUGAAAGUUGCAGUUCAUAUUUGAUGAAGAUUGUGGAACCUAUUAUUGAUAACUAUAUGAAUGAAGCUAAUGCCCAAAUCUCUGUAGGCAGCUAUGAAAUUUCUGUAACAGAAGGCAAACUUACUUGGUUCACUCACAUUGUUGCUGCAAUUCUGAAGAUUAAACAAAUUUCUGGUUUUAGUGGAGAAUCACAUGAGAUACUUGAUGCAGAGAUUUCAGCACGGGUUCUGCAGUUGAUUAAUAUCACUGACAGUGGGUUACACAGUAUGGGAGAUAUUAGCAAGCAAAGACUUGAUCGAGCUAUACUAACCUUCUUGCAACAUCUUAGAAAGUGUUAUAUUGGUGACCAUGCUGUUCUUCCUUCCAAGCAGUUAUAUGCCCGAUUAUCUGAACUUCUUGGACUCCAUGAUCAUCUGCUACUACUCAAUGUUAUUGUGGGAAAGAUUGCUACUAAUCUCAAGUCUUACAAAGAGUGCAAAGAGGUUGUUGAUCACACUUUAAGCCUCUUUUCAGAAAUGACCUCGGGAUUCAUGACAGGAAAGCUGCUUCUUAAGUUGGAUACAGUUCAACGCUUAAUUUCAAACCAGAAUGGGGAGCAAUUCAUGUUUUUAGAAAACGUUGAAUGUUUCCGUAGCAGAACAAUGUUUUACUACACAGUUGGCAUGUUAGUUUUCAUGGAGGAUAGCCCUCUGAAAUUUAGGUCUUCAAUGGAACAUCUUCUGCAGGUUUUUCUUAAGUUGGAAUCUGCACCUGAUGCAAUUUUCCGAUCAGAUGCCGGAAAAUUUGCAUUGAUUGGAUUAAUGCGAGACCUUCGGGGAAUAGCAAUGGCAACUAACAGUCGUAGGACAUAUGGGUUCCUUUUUGAUUGGCUCUAUCCAGCACGCAUGCCUAUUCUUUUGAAAGGCAUUGUGCAUUGGGCUGAUUCUCCAGAGGUAACAACUCCAUUGUUGAAACUUGUGGAUGAAUUGGUCCUGAACAAAUCCCAGCGAUUGAUCUUUGAUUCUUCUUCUGCUAAUGGUAUACUGCUUUUCCGUGAAGUCAGUAAACUGAUUGUAGCCUAUGGGUCAAGAAUUUUACCUCUUCAUAGUAGAGCAGAUAUAUACACAUUUAAAUACAAGGGGAUGUCAAUUUGUUUGUCGAUUCUCACAAGAGCGCUAUCUGGGAAUUAUGUCAACUUUGGUGUUUUUGAGCUGUAUGGUGAUAGAGCAUUAGUGGAUGCUCUAGAUAUCAUUGUAAAGAUGAUAUUAUCUAUUCCUUUGGCUGAUGUAUUUGCAUUUCGAAAGCUCACAGCUGCUUACUUUGCAUUCUUGGAAACCCUCUUCAGCAGUCAUUUGUCAUUUGUUUUGAGUUUGGAUAAAACCACAUUUAUGUAUAUCAUUGGGUCUCUUGAAUCAGGCCUUAAAGAUUUAAGCGAGAUUAUAUCAUCACAGUGUGCCUCUGCUAUCGACCACUUGGCUACAUUUUAUUUCACACAUGUUACAGUCGCAGAGUCAAUUGCGUCACCUGCUGCACUGAAUGUUGCUCAACUAAUCUCUGAUUGCUCUGUGUUAUUCUCUGGUAUGUUGAAAACCCUAUUUGAGAUUGUUUUGUUGGAAGACCGUGGCAAUCAGUGGAGUCUUAGCAGAGCAAUGCUGAGCUUAAUACUUAUUAGUGAGGAGAUGUUCACAAAUAUCAAGGCUCAAAUUUUGGCUUCAUAUCGACCGGAUCAACAUGAGCGGCUUUCAUCGUGCUUUGAGAAGCUUAUGAAAGAUGUGACGCUGAGCCUGGAUUCAAAGAACAGGGACAAAUUCUCUCAGAAUCUGACCAGAUUCAAGACUGACUUCUGUGCAAAUUGGGACCAAUUCUCUCAUGUUAUGGUGCAGAUCUUGUGAAUUGUUUGAUAGAUUGUAUGUUGAAUUGCAAUACACAGAAAAUGAAGAUAUAGCAGCUGAUGGUAAGAAGGAAAAAAGGAUUAUAGGGAAUAGGUGAGUCUGGCUGUGACUUCUAGUCGGUGAUUUCCCCCUGUAUUCGAGAGCACAUCUGUAAAUGCGAGGCCCUUAGCUACGGAUGAUUCAAUCGAAAAUAUAAAAUUUCUACUUUAGUACCU